AUGCUCCCGGUUUUUUUUCAGUCUGAUGGUGUGAAGCGACGUCGCUGCCCGCUUUGUCCGUAUGUCUCGAAAUUUUCAUGUGACAUGCGGUCACAUAUGGAAAUGCAUACUCUGAAUGCCCGGUUCAAGUGUUCACAGUGCACUUACAGUACAAAACGUGCCGUCAGUCUGCGAUCUCAUAUCGCUCUGCACACUGAGGACAAUUUGCUAAGAGCCAAAAAUGGCAAGCCAAUCAAUAUCGUUGUUCAAAAGGUGUUGAUCGGUGUUAAGCGUGGUCGUGGACCAUCUGGAUUUUAUUGUUGCGCUCAUUGUCCGUUUGUUACGAGAAUAUGUGCAGAGCUGUGGAGACAUGCCAGGUCAGUUGAUAUUGAAGAUUAUGUUCUUGAUACCGACCUUAUAAAUGGGCAAACAGGAAAAUGCGGGUUCAAUUUUGAG